AUGGAUUCUUAUUUGUCUCUGCAAAUAAUAACAGAAGGUAGCAAUCUUUCUAUUCCACGACUGUCUUACACCACGUCAGCUUUCUUUAUUAUCUUCGGAUAUAUGUGUGUUUACUGCAUAUUAGGAGAAUUUUUAGUUAUUCAGUGCGACGGGAUUUACGAUGCUGUUUGCCAGUACGAAUGGUACAAUUUAAAGCCCAAACAAGCGAAAAAUUUUCUGAACAUAAUAAUGGAAACUAGAAGACCACUGCACCUUACUGCAGGAAAACUCUUCCCUAUGACAAUAGCUACGUUAUGUAACUUAUUACGAACUUCCGGCGGCUACAUAUCAGUUCUUUUGGCACAUCAUACUUAAAUUAAAAAUCUCCUGGAACUAAAUGUGCUAUCGUAUUAUUAAAUAGUAUUAAUAAUAAAAUAGUAAAAUAAAUGAUAUAGAAUUUAAAUGAAAGAAUAGAUGUGGUGUAGGCAGAGACCUCGAAGCCAUUUUGAUAAUUUUAAUUUGCGACUUCUCCUUGUCCGCAGACAAAAUAGUAAUUCAUUAUAUCAAACAGAAAUUUUACAUUGAGAAUAUAACAUAUUUGUUUUAUAAUCUUAUAUUUUACCUCAAUUUACAAUAAAUAAAUCCAUAUAUUUUUGAACAUCAGAUAUAUACGAAAUUAAUGUAGAACAUCUACAGAAAUAUAAACUGUAAAUUA